AUGUUUAACCGCUGGGCUGCUGUAAUUGACUCACAGCCUCCUUCACCGGGAAUUAGGUGGGAUUCCUGCCGGCGCCGCCAUUUCCCCCGGCUACCUAGGGCCCCAGCCGAUGUUCGCAUAGGAGACAGGACGCAACAACCACCACGCACCGCCAAACGGCCACCUUCCGGUACCACUCGAAGCCCACCUUCCGUGAAAAUGGUGAAGCCGAUAAUCGCGCCGUCGAUGCUGUCAUCGGACUUCUCUAAUUUGGCAUCGGAGGCCGAGCGGAUGGUCCGAUGCGGUGCAGAUUGGCUGCACAUGGAUAUUAUGGAUGGUCACUUUGUACCAAACCUCACCAUUGGUGCUCCAGUUAUCGAGAGUCUGAGAAAGCACACAGACGCUUACUUAGAUUGCCACCUAAUGGUCACAAAUCCUAUAGAUUACGUCGAGCCAUUAGGAAAAGCGGGUGCUUCUGGUUUUACUUUUCAUGUGGAAGCCUCAAAAGAUAAUUGGCGAGAGCUUGUUCAACAAAUCAAAUCAAAGGGUAUGAAGCCUGGUGUUUCCUUAAAGCCUGGAACCCCUAUUGAAGAAGUGUACCCACUGAUUGAAGACAAAAAUCCUGUGGAAAUGGUACUUGUUAUGACCGUGGAACCUGGAUUUGGUGGGCAGAAGUUUAUGCCAGAAAUGAUGGAUAAGGUUCGUACUCUAAGAAAGAAGUACCCUUCACUUGAUAUAGAGGUUGACGGUGGUUUAGGACCUUCGACUAUAGAUAUGGCAGCCGAUGCAGGUGCAAACUGCAUCGUGGCCGGAAGUUCUGUGUUCGGAGCUCCGGAUCCUGCUCAUGUUAUAUCACUUAUGCGCAAAAGCGUUGAUGACGCCCAAAUGAAAUAA